AUGGCGGAGGUGGCCGCGGUGCUGCUGCCGGGGGAGGCCGAGGCCCUGGUGCAGGCGCUGCGGAGCGGCCCGCUGCGGAACACCGGGGACCGCGGAUGGCUCCGGCAGCACGAGGCCAUCGAGAAGCUGAACAUGCAGGCCAUUCUGAGCGCCUCUGCUGGCCAGGAACAGCUCCUCAUCGAGCUGCUGGUGAACUAUGCCAAGAUCCCUACUCUCAUCGAGGAAUUGAUCUCUGUGGAGAUCUGGAAGCACAAAGUGUUCCCUGUCCUGUGCCAGCUGGAGGAUUUCAAGCCAAAAAGCACCUUUCCCAUCUACUUGGUGCUUCACCAUGAAGCUUCUAUUGUCAACCUCCUGGAGACAGUGUUUUUUCACAAGGAGAUCUGCGAAUCAGCUGAGGACACUAUUCUGGACUUGAUUGAUUAUAGCUACCGGAAACUGACCCUGCUGGCAGCUUGGAGCACCAACAGGGAGUUUCCAACCCACGAAAAGGUUGUGCCUGAGGAUCUGGCCAAUGCAUCAUCAAUGCAGGUGAGUUAAAAGUGCAAGUUUCCAACUUCCAGCAGGUCUAUCUGACCUUGUACCUUGGAGGGAAGUUAAAUUUCCAUGACUGGGAAAGACCAUAGUUAUAGCCAUGAAGGCCCUUGUAUCCAGAACCUGAUGAAUAAAUCCACUCUACUUGGGCAUUUUUCUACAUGAAUUUGGUGUUGGUGGAGAUCUCUUGAUUGGUAAUUUGUUCUCACUGG